AUGGAGGACAAGGAAAAAUUGGGCCAAGAGAAGGAUCAACUUGGGCAGCCACCUCAACCAGAAACAAAUGAUCAAAUUAUGAGGGAUGCUAUUCAGGACAAGCCGGCUACUCAUGAGGGGAAUGUUGGUGAUGAUGUUAAAGUCAAUGAGGCUCUUCUUAGUGAUGUGCCCAUAGAAAACAAGGCUGAUGGCAGCAAUGCCACUGUCAAAAAUCAGCUCAAACCUGUAGAUAAACAUGUAGGGGUGGGGGAGUUGAAGAAUGGGUCGAACGAUACCGAGAUGGCUGAGGCUGAGGAUACGGGGGAUGGUACACCAUUGCAGCAAGCAGCAUUUAUGAAGGAGGUGGAAAGUUUCUACAAGGAAAACACCUUGGAAUUUAAGGCCCCUAAGUUUUAUGGAGAGCCUCUGAAUUGCCUCAAGUUAUGGAGGGCUGUUACUAGAUUGGGUGGCUACGAUGUGGUGACUGCAUCAAAGUUAUGGCGGCAAGUAGGAGAGUCCUUCCACCCGCCCAAGACUUGCACAACAGUAUCUUGGACAUUCCGCAUAUUUUAUGAGAAGGCACUUUUGGAGUAUGAGAAGCAUAAGAGGCAAACUGGUGAGCUUCGACUUCCUGUUGGACCCAUCACUCAGUCCACGACCGUUGAGAAGGAGGCAAGUGGUCAUCAAACUCCUGGAUCAGGCAGGGCACGAAGGGAUGCUGCAGCUCGUGCUAUGCAGGGUUGGCAUGCACAGCGUCUUGUUGGAUAUGGUGAAGUUGCUGAGCCUAUUAUUAAGGACAAGAACUUAAGUUCUACCUCAAAGCGUGAAAAGAAUCUUAAAAGCAUUGGUUCGAUUAAACACAGGGCACCAACUAACCUGGAGCAUGCAACUGCAAAUAUUGAGGCAGAUAAGCAGGUAGUCACGACUGUUGUUGAUCUUGGACCUCCAGCUGAUUGGGUGAAGAUCAAUGUACGAGAAACUAAAGAUUGCUUUGAGGUAUAUGCUUUGGUACCUGGUCUUCUGCGUGAGGAGGUGCGAGUCCAAUCAGAUCCAGCUGGACGUCUGGUUAUAACAGGCCAACCAGAGCAGGUUGACAAUCCUUGGGGUAUUACACCAUUUAAAAAGGUUGUGAGCUUACCUGGCAAAAUUGAUCCGCUUCAAACAUCUGCUGUGGUUAGCCUACAUGGCCGGUUGUUCGUGCGUGUUCCUUUUGAACAGUGA